AUGCAGCGUUUGCCCUAUGUCGUGGUGACCAACCCACAUUUGUCCCUCGUGUACGAGCUAUAUUACAAGUCCUUCGAGAGCUUUCGGCGUGUUCCCGUCAUCCGAACGGUCAAGGAGAAUGAUGAAUUUUGCAAAGUCAUCAGUGACAGUCUGAAAGAGCAUCUGGCGGUCAUCCCCAAUUUGGUCAUGGGAGUGCUCGAGUGUCAAGACUUGGUCUCCCCUGAUACCAUGGACCAUUUCGUUCAGGCCAUGCUGCGAGCUCGCAUUUCGAGACGGGUCAUUGCUGAGCAACAUCUUGCUUUGACAGAAACCUUCAAUUCACCAUGGCAUGUGCCCCAACCUAGUUCUGAGAAUGAAUUUGUCGGCGAGGUCCUCCUCCGGUGCAAUGCAAAGGAGGUUAUUGAGCGAGUCGGCCAUUUCACUCAACAAAUUUGCAAGUCAACCAGUGGCGCUGACCCACCAGUGCCUGAGAUUCGAGUUCAAGGCCAUACAAGCGCUACCUUUCCCUACGUGCUGAGCCAUCUGGAGUACGUGGUCGGAGAGCUCUUACGGAACUCGGUGCAGGCAGUUAUGGAGAAGUACAAAGAUACUCCAGAAACUCCUCCGCCCAUCGAUGUGCUGAUCUGCGAGGCACCGCAGAACGUGGUCAUCCGAAUCUCUGACCAAGGCGGGGGCAUACCUCGAGAUAUCACACCCUACUUGUGGUCUUUCAAUAAAGGACCAAGAAGUGCCGCACGGCUGCAGAAUUUCAAGGACGUACCCACCCUUGCAGCCACAAUGCAGGAAGUCCGAGUCUCUGCGAACGAUAAGCCAAGUGGGAAAACGAGGGAUUCCUCGCUCACUACGCUGGCCACAAGGCCCCCAAACCUGAGGCUUGGCAUGGGUUUACCUAUGAGCAGAGUAUACGCUGAGUAUUGGGCUGGAGGGCUCGAACUCCACAGCCUGGAAGGCUAUGGUGUGGAUGCUUUCCUGCAAAUCUCGAAAUUGGGAAAUCAAAACGAACAGCUCACUUCCCGAGCAAGUAUUGACGCGGUCUAA